GAAUCAGCAUUGGAUAGCCGAAUCAACAGAAUAGCCGCGCUUCUCUGGGAGUGGUAAUGUGCCGAACCAAUCUACUGCGUGCUUGUGAUCACUGACAUCGACCAUUGGUCUAUCUUUGCCAACCAAUCAUUGAAAAACCAGUGAGGAAUACCCAAUCAAAUACAAUUAUUGGUUUCCUGCUACACGAUGACAUGGAAUAUUUUAGAUAAAAAACGAGUGAUACAUAAUAUUACUUGAUAUAAACUUAAGGGAACUGAUGAUCUAUUAUGUUACUACAGUAAGAGGGGUUUACUAAAACACCAUAACCGUGUUUUCUUACGUAAAAAAAAUGAAGUAUUGCGCCAAAUUUUCCAAAUACUCGAUGAGUGCUGCUUAACUAUGAAAAGUCAAUAAUAACAGAUUUAAACUUUAAGACGAUUUCACAAGAUGGUAAUAAAAGCCUAGAGGUUUUCCUGGGUUUUGACUAACGUCUAUGACAUUAGGAUUAAUAGCAUACAGAAAACAAAAUGGAGCAUGCUCAAAUCCAGACAUCAGAUGGUACACAAGUGGUGACACUAAAUGGACAGCAAUUACAGGUUUUACAGAUGAGCAACAGCCCACAUGUUGUUCAAGGACCUAAUGGACAACAGAUAAUGGUACACUCUGUACCACCAAGUGGGCCUAUACAGAUUGGAGGUCCUCAAAUCCAGGUGGUGACUGCACCCAACAGUCAGCAAAUACAAGGUCUUCAAGUAGUACCACUGUCCAGUAUUCAAGGUGCAAAUACCAACAUACAGACAAUGCAACUAGUGCAGACUCCAGAUGGUCAGACGUUUCUUUAUCAACCUACUUCCCAACAGAUUGACCAGCACCAAGUCAUACACCAACCUGUGUUAAAUUUCGGUAAUAUAGUGCAAGUAGCAAACGCAGUCCAACCACAGCAGAUAGUCAACCAACCGAAUAUUGUUAUGAUGGUUAAUGGAAACAGUGCCGGAGCGACAUCUAGCGAAGGUGCGACGGCCACCAACGCCAACGCAGGCUCUGAUGAGGAACCGCUUCUCUAUGUCAACGCCAGGCAAUAUAAACGGAUACUCAAACGCAGGGCUGCGAGGGCCAAAUUGCAUGAACAAGGGCGUAUACCUAAGGAACGACCGAAAUACCUUCACGAGUCUCGACACAGACAUGCAAUGAACAGGAUACGAGGAGAAGGCGGAAGGUUCAACGCUGGCAGUAGAAGGAACAUGGAGACGCAAUCAGAUGACCCAGCGAGGCAUGGCAUAGAUGAUGUCAAACCAGAUGUCUCCAUCACCAUCAUACAGAAUGAUGAAAUUGAAGAACAAUCGAACCAAUGGAGAAGGCUUGCACCACACCCUAUGCAGUCGGCAUAGCAACGGAACAAGAAGCGAUGACGGAACACUUAGUGAAAUGAAUUGUGAUUGUGAUAUAGUGAAGUGUCAAAUGUAGAAUUGUGGUACACUAUCGUGUUGAUAACAGGAACAGUUAUUUAUAUUUGGACCAUAAUGGAAAAGUUCAUAGAAAUAUUCAGUAAAUUGACUAACCUUGUGAACGAAUCAUCACAAGUGUAAACUGGAAUUAAUUAUUUGCCUUAAAAAAUGUGUCAAUCUAUAUAAUUUAUAAAUAUAUAUAACGGACACAUUCUGUGCUCAUAUUGAAUUAGGAUACAAAUUUUAAGACAAUAUUCAAGAUUAUUAUUCAAAAUACUGAAUGUUCUGGUGAUACAGUUAUCAAAUAUAAUAUGCCAAAACAGAUAGCGUUGGUGUAGUUUGAAUAAUUCUGUUAUGGCCCUAUUUUUAUACAACAUAAUUUAUCUUUAAAACUUCAAAGAGAAUUGUUGGUCAGAUUUGACAUUGAUUUUGGAAUAUGUCUAAAGAUAUUUUUUUAUUAUUUGGAUUGUGUUAUUGUUAAUGUUGAUUCAAGAUUGAUGAAAUUCUUAUUUACCCUUAAGUUUUAUUGCAAAAUCAUUUGAGUGUUAUAUCAUACAUUGUUAAAAUCAUCAAUAUUAUAUAGUUUUAAGUAGGUUAAGUUCUGGGCUAUCACAAUAUAGGUGUAAAUAUUUUUAUAAAUGUAAUUAAUAUAUUCAUGAAAUAUCAGGGAAGUACAAAAUAUAC